AUGUAUGGAUUUGGGUUCGAGGAUGAGGAUGAGGAGCCAUUGACGGUUGAGAGCGUGGGCGAGAAACUCAAAGUGUUGGAGCAACUCGAAACACUCCAUCUGCCAUCGUUCAAAGACACGGUCAUCGGUAUUUUAAGCUUACUCAGCGGCUGCCCACCAGAUUGCGGCGAAACUCAUGAAAGUCUGAAAGGCAAAUUAAUCUUAGAAAUCUUGGAAAGGGUAUUGGAUCUCAUGGAAAUUUUGUGUGAAAUAAUGGGUGUGGUGAAGGGCGUGGCAGCCGAGCCACCCCUACCUGUCAAUAACGACGACCAUCACUUGACUUCAUGCAAAAAAUUUCGCUGUUCUCGUCUCCAAGAAAGAACUCGGACUUUCCUCGGAACAGCCACAAAACUUUCCGGGGAAGCGAUGGAAAUUGUGAGGGUCUGGUCACGCAUAACCAUUGAACCAGGAAGCUCGGACGAUGAAGCGAAGAUAUCUGAUCUCACCAAAUCAGUAAUCCUCUCCAACACAUUGAUCGUCUUCAUCACUUGUUGCAAAAAUCGGAUUUCGCUCUUCUUCAAGAAAACUGGCUAG